AUGACUGGGAAAACUGCACCUCCAGCCAAAAAACCGGCUCCGGCAGCGGCCAAGAAAAAGGCAGCGCCAGCCCCGAAGGAAGGAGCAGCCCCGAAGGAAGGAGCAGCCCCAAAAGAAGAAGCAGCCCCAAAAGAAGAAGCAGCCCCAAAGGAAGGAGCAGCCCCAAAAGAAGAAGCAGCCCCAAAGGAAGAAGCAGCCCCAGCCCCAGCAGCAGCUACUGAAGAGACCCCAACCCCCGAGCAUCCCCCGGAGCAGCCCCCAGCCCCCACAGGCGAACCUGCUCCCAUCCCCACAGAAGCUGGAGCAGAGGCAACUCCCGUGCCUGCAGAAGGUUCCUCAGCUCCCCCAGACGAACCCCCAGCCCCAGCCCCUGAACCUAAACUGGAGAAACCAAAGGAAGAGCCACCCAGCUGCCCCUUGUCCUUGGCUGUGGAAGAAGUGAGUGAAAACUCAUUCACGCUGACCUGGAAAGCCCCGGAGCAGACGGGCCGGGCAGGCCUGGAUGGAUAUGUGGUGGAGAUCUGCAAAGAUGGAAGUUCAGACUGGAAAGCUGUGAACCAGGAGCCUUUUCUUUCCACCCGCUACACAAUCCCAAACCUCAGCUCUGGGGACAAGAUCCAUGUGCGGGUGAUGGCUGUCAGUGCCAGCGGAACCAGCAUCCCGGCCACGCUGGAGCAGCCAGUGCUCAUCAGGGAGAUCCUCCAGCUCCCGAAGAUCCGCAUGCCUCGGCACCUGCGGGAGACUUACAUCAGGCGUGUGGGGGAUGCUGUGAACAUCAUGAUCCCCUUUCAGGGAAAGCCACAGCCCGAGGUGAGCUGGACCAAGGGAGGGCAGCCCCUGGACACCAACCGCAUCAACAUCCGCAACACGGCUCGGGACACCAUCUUCUACAUCCGCCAGGCCCAGCGCGGCGACUCGGGCAAGUACGAGCUCACCGUGCAGAUCAACGGAGCCGAGGACAAGGCUACCCUGGACAUUCAGGUCGUUGAGCCACCUGGCCCUCCCCAGAACCUGAAGCUGGUGGAUGUGUGGGGCUUUAAUGUGGCCCUGGAGUGGACCCCCCCUGCGGACAAUGGGAAUGCUGAGAUCAAGGGCUACAGGGUGCAGAAGUCAGACAAGAAGAGUGGGAAAUGGUUCACGGUUCUGGAGCGCUGCACCCGCACCAGCUGCACCAUCUCUGACCUCAUCAUUGGCAACACCUACUCCUUCCGAGUGUUCUCCGAGAACAUCUGUGGGCUCAGCGACAGCGCUGCUGUGGCCUCUGGGGUGGCCUACAUCGAGAAGACAAAAACCACUUACCAGCCAGAGAAGAUCCCCCAGCGGGACAUGAUGGAGCCUCCAAAGUUCACGCAGCCCCUGACGGACCGAACGACUACACGGGGCUACAGCACUCACCUCUUCUGCUCCGUCCGGGGCUUCCCCCAGCCCAAAAUAAUUUGGUUGAAAAAUCAGAUGGAGAUCCGGGAAGAUCCCAAAUACAUAGCACUGAUUGAUCAGGGGGUGUGCUCCCUGGAAAUCCGCAAGCCUGGCCCUUUUGAUGGGGGUGUCUACACCUGCAAGGCUGUGAACCCCCUGGGGGAAGCCUCAGUAGACUGCAGACUGGACGUGAAAGUGCCCAAAUGAGGACACGUUGGAGGACAAGACAAAGAGCAAGGUAGGUC